GCUAUCGCUAUGGCAAACAAAUUUUACUGCUCUUUCUCUCUGAUUUGGUGGUGGUGGGUGGUGGGUGAUGGGACCUGUCCUUGUAUUUGUUGUUUCCAUCUUUCUUCCCGCUGCAUUCAACCUUGGCAUUAAAAAGUAACGGAUAGAACUUGCGUAACCAGACCUGGUCACCCAGAGUUGACCAAGGCCACUAAUAGAGCACCACGUGUACAAUUUAAAACUUCAGGAUAAAGCAUGAAAGAGCAGUAGAUAAUUGCGCUGCUUGAUCAAAUCAACCUGCGCCUCUCUUCAUAGUCUCCUACCCCUCUCCUUUGUCGUCAACCGCCGUCUCCUCCUCCACCUCAUCGACGAUAACUACUCCAACAACACUUCUUUUCCGAUUCCAACAUUGUUAUUCUGGCAGCCUCCGUCGGAAUCUUUAUUCUCUCGCUCCCGGACAGUCCAGACGACGACAGAGCUAACAAGGAUGACGAGAAGCGCCGACCAGGAUGUUCUUGAGACGUCGCCAUAAGACGCCGACCAGGAGAACACUCCCUGCUUGAUCCUGAUCAGAUCUGCCGUGAUGAUCACGAUGAUUGGGAUUACAAGAGAGUUUGAAAUAUAGGAGCUGGUGGCGGCAUCAUUGUAGCUUUUCGGUGGUUAAGGUGAUAAAGCCAUCGAAGGUGACGACUCGAGCCGCUUAGAGUCGUCGGAUUGAAGAUGUGGACUCCGUUUGUAUCCUAUUAUGUGUUUAAGCGGAGAAUUUGAAGGAGUGACAUACCCUGCAUUCAUAGGUCAUAUUACCGAAUACAAACUAUUGUGUUUCUACCGUUCUUGUUUUAAUCAGAGAAUUUGAAAGAGCAUCUAUACCCACAUUCAUUCAUCAUUACUAAAACAGCCAAGGCAUGGCAUUUCUUAUGGAAAUUGGUACUACAAUUGUUACAAAGCUAGUUGAGUACACGGUUGAGCCAGUUAUACGCCAAGUGGGUUAUGUAAUCUGCUACAAAAACAACCUCAAAGAACUACAGACUCGAGUUGGUGACUUGGGUGAUGUCAGAGAAAGCGUGAAGCAUGCUGUUGACACAGAGGAAAGAAAAGGUAAAAAGAUUGAAACAGGAGUCCAGAACUGGAUGAUUGAAGUAGUUCGGCUGACUAAGGAAGCAGAUGACUUGAGAGCUAAACACCUCGCACAGGCCAAGUGUUUAAUCGGCUUUUGUCCUAAUAUAAAGCUUCGUCAUCAUCUGAGCAGGAAAUCAACAAAAUUGGUUCUAGAGGUGGCCGAGCUUUAUGAGAAGAAGAAGAAUUUUGAUAAUAUUGCAUAUGUAGCUCCCCCCGAAGUGGUGUGUAUCCAAGAUUAUGAGGCGUUUGAUUCAAGGACUUCAACUGCAAAGGCUGUAAUCAACGAACUGAGAAAUUCUAAUACCUUCAUGAUUGGGGUGUACGGUAUUGGGGGUGUUGGAAAGACAACACUUGUCAAAGAAGUUUAUAAUCAAUUAGCUACAAGUGGUGAGAAGCUGUUUGAUGAGGUAGUUAUGGUACUCGAUCUGAAACAGAAUCCCAGCAUCGAACGAAUUCAGAAAGCAGUUGCUGAGGAGUUAGGCCUCGAGCUUCCUGAAAAUGGGACCCUAGCUGGAAGAGCAAGUCUAAUAAGUACCAGGAUUAAAGACAAGAAGUCUCUUAUGAUCCUAGAUGAUGUAUGGGAGUGCAUUAAUUUGGAAGAUGUGGGUCUUCGUCGUACGGAAACUCUUAAAAUACUUUUGACUUCACGAAGCAAACUAGUAUUGUCUUCAGAAAUGGGUACGGAGAAAGAGUUUCCUCUCGAAGUUUUAGACAAAGUUGAGACUUGGAGUUUGUUUCAGACGACGGUGGGUGAUAUCGUCAAAAAUCCCAAAAUAGAAACUAUAGCCACCCAAAUUGCUGAGAAGUGUGGAGGUUUGCCACUUUUGAUUGUCACUGUUGCAAGAUCUCUGAGAAGAAGUUCAUUACAUGAGUGGAAAGAUACUUUCAGACGCCUAAAAAGGUUGGAUGGAAAAGGAUUGACAGAGAAAACAUACUCUGCUAUUGAGUGGAGUUACAAUCAAUUGGGUGAUGAAGAGCUUAAAUCAUUGUUCCUGCUGUGCGGACUUAUUUUGUAUGGGCAUUCGAAUAUCAUACAUAUCAUUGAUCUGUUUAAAUACAGCAUGGGUCUGGGGUUGUUAAAGAACGUGAAUACAUUAGAAGAAGCACGGAGCGCGUUGUAUUCUCUACUUGGAAAACUUAAAGAUUCUUGUCUAUUGCUAGAUGGUGAUGAUAAUACGAAAUGCAGAAUGCAUGAUCUUGUAGGCGAUGUUGCUAAUCGGAUCAUGGUCAGGGACAAUCAUAUCAUAUCAUCCACACAUGAAGAUGAGUCGAAACAUUGGCCAAAUAAGGACUUUCUUCAAAAAUGCACGGCAAUAUCUUUUCCUUUCACGGUUAUGCCCAGUCUUCCUGAAGUUUUGGAAUGUCCAGAACUCGAAAUGUUUAUUUUGUGGAGCAAGGAUGUUACAUUGGAAAUUCCAUGCAACAUUUUUGAAAAGAUGCAAAAACUCAAAGUACUUGAUUUAACCAAAUUGAGUUUCUUGCCUUCACUGCCUCCAUCUCUAGAGUUCCUGAAGAGUCUUCAAACAUUGGCCUUAGAUCAUUGCAAAUUGGGAGAUCUAGCUCUACUCGGACAACUUGGGAGCUUAGAGUUUCUUAGUUUUAUUGGAUCUGAUUUCAAGCAGUUGCCCAGAGAAAUAGGUCAAUUGACUUGUCUACGAUUGUUGGAUUUGAGUGACUGCUCUAAACUCGAACUUAUUUCACCUAAUGUUUUAUCAAGCUUGACAAGGUUAGAAGAGUUGAGAAUGGGAAACAGUUUCAACAGAUGGGAGGCUGAAGGGGUCAUCAGUACUGAAAGAAGUAAUGCAAGCCUUGAGGAGCUAAAGCACUUGCAUCAGCUAACUGCAUUACAACUACAUAUCCCAGAUGAUGUUAGUCUUCCACCAGAUUUGUUCACCACUAAGUUGGAGAUAUUCCAAAUAUGUAUCGGUUCUGCGUGGAAAUGGGCUGAUGUCGAUGAAACCCUCAAUGCACUAAAACUCAAAUUUACCGCUAGCAAUGGACUGGACCGAGGUUUGAAAAUGCUACUGAAGAGAACUGAAGACUUGUAUUUGGAGGGUACGGAAGGUGUUGAUAGUAAUAUGUUAUCUGAAUUAGGUACCGAAGGUUUAAAGCAACUAAAACAUCUUCAUGUUCAAAGCAUUUCUGGUUUUGCCUACAUCAUCAAUGGCAAGGUGGGAUUUCCCAACUUAACAUGGUUGGAGGUGAGUGGACUUAAUGAUUUAAGAUUCUUUUUAUCAUCUUCAACAGCUAGAAGUCUUGCACAGCUCAAACAUCUUCAGAUAUCGGGAUGUCAAAUCAUGGAAGCAAUAGUAUCAACACAAACAUCUGAUGACGAAGUUGCAGAGAAACUGUUCCGCCAGCUACAAGAUUUGGAGCUCAAAGACCUUCCAACGCUCACUAAAUUCUGCUCAAGAAAUUAUACUGAAUUUUCAAAUAUAUACUCUGGGAGAUCGCAGUUAAAUGAUUGUAUCAUAAGAAAUACAAUUUGUGAAGAAAUUGAAGAGAUAGACGCAACUGCAAACCUUGACAAUGUGAUUCAACACUUUCUUUUUGAUAAUAAGGUAGAGUUUCCAAACUUGAAGAAGCUAUCUAUUGAUGGCCUUCCAAAGUUGACUACAAUAUGGGACAAUCAAUUUUCUCUAGACAGUUCAAACAAUCUAGAGACAAUAGAUAUUGAUAGGUGCAACAGUUUGAAAAGUAUAUUUCCACCCUCAGUGGUGAGAAAUCUUCGACAGUUGAGGAGUCUGAAAGUGCAGAAUUGUGGGGUUGAAGAAAUCAUUUCAAAAGAAGACGGUGUACUGGUAGCACCUACGUUUGUUUUUUCAAAACUAUCAUAUGCGACAUUUCGGAAUUUGCCCAAACUCAAGAGUUUCUAUCCAGGAUUGCAUGAUUGCAAAUGGCCGUCACUUAAAAAUUUGACAGUGUAUGAUUGCACUCAAGUGCAUAUAUUUGCAGAUCGUAUGCGUGCGUUGAAUAAUCUCUACACCCAAGAUAAACAAUCUCUGUUUUUACUCGAGAAGGAUUCGUUCCCCAACUUGGAAGUUUUAGGCUUGGACGUAAUGGAGAAUUGGGAUAGUCCGCCACUCCACUCUUGUAGGAACCUCAAAAGUCUUAUUACUUAUGCAAACACCAACACAUCAUUGAAUUCCCUGGAGAAAUUACUUGGUCUUGAAAAAAUGGGACCUUCCGGCAUUUAA